GCAAAGUCCAGGAAGAAUGGCUAGAGAUCGGGGACAACAGCGAUAACAGUUUCUCCUGCAACAUCUACCCAGCAUUUUGACGUCUAAACGUCCUGUAACUCUGAGCUGUCAACAUGGCUGACAACAGAGAUAAAGCUACCGAUCAAAUGAAGGCAUGGAAGCAGAGUAGAAGCUCUCAGAGGCCCGACACUCUGACCACAGGGGCCGGCCAUCCCAUAGGAGACAAGCUGAACCUGCAGACUGCCGGACCCAGGGGCCCCCUGCUGGUCCAGGACGUGGUGUUCACAGACGAGAUGGCCCACUUUGACCGGGAACGCAUCCCAGAGAGGGUGGUGCAUGCCAAAGGGGGGGGAGCCUUUGGUUACUUUGAGGUGACUCACGACAUCUCUCGCUACUGCAAGGCCAAACUGUUUGAACAUGUCGGCAAGACUACACCUGUCGCUGUCCGUUUCUCCACUGUGGCUGGAGAAUCGGGAUCAGCAGACACCGUGCGAGACCCCCGAGGAUUUGCAGUCAAGUUUUACUCUGAGGAGGGAAACUGGGACCUGACGGGCAACAACACCCCCAUCUUCUUCAUCAGGGACGCCCUGCUGUUCCCGUCCUUCAUCCAUUCCCAGAAGCGCAAUCCCCAGACCCACAUGAAAGACCCCGACAUGGUGUGGGACUUCUGGAGCCUGAGGCCUGAGAGUCUGCAUCAGGUGUCUUUCUUGUUCAGCGACCGAGGUUUGCCUGAUGGUUUCCGUCAUAUGAACGGCUACGGCUCACACACUUUCAAAAUGGUCAAUACCCAAGGAGAGCCUUUCUACUGCAAGUUCCACUUCAAGACUGAUCAAGGAAUAAAGAACAUGUCAGGGGAGGAGGCAGAGCGCCUGGCUGCCAGCAACCCAGAUUAUGCCAUUGGAGAUCUUUACAACGCCAUUGCUAAUGGAAACUUCCCAUCCUGGACCUUCUUCAUCCAGAUCAUGACCUUCGAGCAGGCGGAGACCUUCCAGUUCAACCCCUUCGAUCUCACCAAGGUUUGGUCUCAAAAAGAAUACCCUUUGAUCCCUGUGGGCAAAAUGGUCCUCAACAGGAAUGCAGUGAACUACUUUGCCGAGAUAGAGCAGCUGGCCUUUGACCCCAGCAACAUGCCGCCUGGCAUCGAGGCGAGCCCCGACAAGAUGCUGCAGGGUCGUCUCUUCUCUUACCCAGACACACAUCGACACCGGCUGGGAGCAAACUACCUGCAGCUCCCCGUCAACUGUCCUUUCAGGACCCGCGUGACCAACUACCAGCGCGAUGGCCCCAUGUGCAUGUUUGACAACCAAGGUGGCGCUCCAAACUAUUUUCCCAACAGCUUCAGUGCCCCGGACACCCAGCCUCAGUUUGUGGAGUCCAAGUUCCAGGUGUCUCCAGAUGUGGCCCGCUACAACAAUGCAGAUGAAGACAAUUACACACAGGUUCGCACCUUCUACAUGCAGGUGCUGAACGAAGAGGAGCGCCAGAGACUUUGCCAGAACAUGGCCGGGGCCCUGAAGGGAGCACAGCUCUUCAUCCAAAAGCGCCAGGUGCAGAACUUGAAGGCUGUUCAUACAGACUAUGGCAACCGCGUUCAGAGCCUUCUCAACAAGUACAAUGCCGAGAACAAGAAGAACACAGAAGUGCACGUUUAUAGCCGCCCAGGAGCCUCGGCCAUCGCCGCCUCUUCCAAGAUGUGAAGCCUUAAAUGUCCACAGGCCCCCCCAUCAUUUAUCUACGAGCAAAUGCACUUGCGUGAUUGCCAACUGCUAGUGACAAGAUCGAACUUAUUAACCAUAUAGUUUCAGGUUGGGGUUGGUUAGGUUUUAAUUCAGUUAAACUGUUGAUUUUCUUUAAAAUAGUGAGCUUAAUUUGUCUCGACUGAAAAGUCAAUAAAAAAAACAUAAAAACACCUUGAUUUGUUUUUAGUUUAAUCCUGUUAAUACCAAAAGCAUGGCAAUUAUGAAAUCUUGACUUUUAACAUUUAAAAGUUCUUAAAGUAAUUAUAAAAGUCUUUUGCAUUUUGAUUUGAUCUCAUUACAUCAAUUAACCCCAACUGCUGCCAAAAACCAUGACAUGAUUGUUUGCUAUAAAUCCUCAGGUUGUGUGUGUACUACUACGUUGUAAUCAUCCAACUAUAAUCUUAAACUUCAAUAUAAAGUAAGCCGAUGUAUUCAAAAUGUUUUUCUCUUAUGGUUAGUUUUCCAUCAAUAAUCAUGAAUAUUUUAUUUAGUACAACUGGCUCUGGAAACCCUUUGUCCGUCGAACUAUAAAGCUUGUUUGCUUAUGGUCAUCUGCCCUACUCAUUAUAUGCAAUUUAUGAGGAGCAAGUAUCAAGAUGAGGAAUUUAUAUGCAUUAUUGCUAAAUCUUUAGUGCCUUUUUUGUGUUUAUGACUACCAAAUAAAGAUUAUCGUAACCUUAAAUCACGAGAACCAGUUAUGAAAUGCUCUGCUUGAUGUUGUACUGAUCAGCUCAUUUUCAGGUUUUUAUAUAAAUGAAUUGGCCUUUCAGCAGCUA